AGCCUGGGGUGCGGGGCCCCUGCUGAGCCCGCCGGGCCGCGACCGCGGCGGAGCGCAGGGCCUGUGUGACCGUGCAGCCGGGAGUGCGUGCGCGACCCCGCGGGGCUCCCCUACGGGCUGCUGUCCCUGAACCCGCUCCUCUGGCCCUGGCCGGGGGCCCAGGUGGCUGCAGAGCUGCCCACGCCUCCGGGGGACGCUGUCAAGGGCCGCCAUGGAGACGCCUGCCCCGAAGCCCCCGGAGACAGCUCUGUCCUCUCGGGACCUUGCUCUUCUCAAAGAUAAUCCGGAGGAUAAAUGGGGUCAGGGUCUCCUGGAAGCCAGGCCUGAGGAAUCGGUGACUUUCAGGGAUGUGGCCGUAGACUUCAGCCAGGAGGAGUGGGGGCAGCUGGACUCUCCUCAGAGGGCCCUAUGCCUGAAGGUGCGGCUGGACACAGGGUCCUGGAAGCCCAACCUGCCCUGGACUUUCCAAGGGAGACGGGGGUGGGGGGGAUACCCAUGGGUUCCUCAGAAUGCAUGCCUCAACUUGGGUUCCCAUUCUGCGACCCCCAUCCUCGGGGACGGCCACACCGCUCAGUGCCAGCUCGUGCUGUUCGGGGGGCUCUCCUGUCCUGUCGCUGGUUCUGGAGAGAGAGCUGCAGCCCACAGCCAUGCCGCUUCCCCCCCACAAGCAGGGCCUCCGGUCUGUAAGCCAGAAGUGAUCUCCCAUCUGGAACGAGGCGAAGAGCCAUGGCAGGUGCCCAGAGAAGUCCCGGGAGGGGCUCGUCCAGGGCGGGAGCCCCGGCCUGAGCGGGAGGAGCUGUGUCGGCAGCGGGGCAGCCUCAAGGAAGAGCCGGCACAGGAGUCGGUGGUGGAGGGGCUGCUGAGGUCCUCGCUGGCCCGGGAGAAAGCCUACCGGUGUAGCGAGUGCGGCAAGGCCUUCACCUGGAGGACCAACCUCCUCGAGCACCAGAGGAGCCACACCGGGGAGAAGCCCUUCCUCUGCGGCGAGUGCGGGAAGGCCUUCAGCUGCCACUCGUCGCUGAACGUGCACCACCGGACGCACACCGGCGAGCGGCCCUACAAGUGCACGGGCUGCGAGAAGGCCUUCAGCUGCAGCUCGCUGCUCAGCAUGCACCGCCGGGUGCACACCGGGGAGAAGCCCUACCAGUGCGGCGAGUGUGGGAAGGCCUUCAACCAGAGGACGCACCUGACCCGGCACCACCGGAUCCACACGGGGGAGAAGCCGUACAAGUGCGGCGAGUGCGGGAAGGCCUUCACCUGCCACUCGUCCCUGACCGUGCACGAGAAGAUCCACAACGGCGACAAGCCCUUCAAAUGCAGCGACUGCGCCAAGGCCUUCAACAACCGGUCGCGCCUCACCCUCCACCAGCGGAUCCACACGGGGGAGAAGCCCUUCAAGUGCGGGGACUGCGGCAAGGGCUUCAUCUGCCACUCCUACCUGGCCGUGCACCAGCGGAUCCACAGCGGGGAGAAGCCCUUCAAGUGCAACGAGUGCGGGAAGGCCUUCAGCUCCCACUCCUACCUCAUCGUGCACCAGCGGGUCCACACGGGCGAGAAGCCGUUCGACUGCAGCCGGUGCUGGAAGGCCUUCAGCUGCCAGUCGUCCCUCAUCGUGCACCAGCGGAUCCACACGGGCGAGAGGCCCUAUAAGUGCGGCCAGUGCGGCCGGGCAUUCAGCCAGAACCACUGUCUCAUUAAACAUCAGAAAACCCACUCUGGGGAGAGGCCAUUUAAAUGUAACGAGUGUGGCGAAGCGUUCAGCUGGAGCACCCACCUCGCCGAGCACCAGAGGACGCACCGCGAAGAGAAGCCCUUUGCCAUCCAGCUCAACAAGCAUCUGCUGAGCACAUACUGCGUUCCCAGCGGCCUGCUGGGUGCCGGCGGCGUGGACCCCGUAAACUCCCUGGACGUGGCAGAGCUCCUGUGUGUGGUGCAGCCCUCCGCCAGCAGGAACUUGCCCCUGGGCAGCAAACCUGGGAAGUAGCCUGGUGUGCUUGUCACCUGGCCGCCUCCCCGGGGAACGGGGAGCACAGGGACUCCUGUAUGUGCGCAGCAGACACCCUCCCAGGAGCGGCCCGCCCUCCCGGAGAAGGGAUGCCCCGUGGGGAGUCGGGUUGGUGUCCCAGGGUCCUGCUGCCUCUGAUGGGAUUGGGAGUCACUGACCGGGGGAUUAGGUCUUUCCUGCAGGUAAAAGGUCUGUCAAUCAUGUCCUCAGGCUCCUGGCAUGACUUAGAUCAAGAAUUUCACCUGUGGACUGAUAUUUAGAAUAACAGGAAGAAUUUUUUAAACCAGAAUUAUGAACAGUAGUGCCUCCAAGGAGACAUUAUUGUAUUGCUGGCGAGGAGGAUGCUCUCAGAGGCGGGAGUCUGGGGAAAAGCGGGUUUCCUGCACUCACCUCACAAGGGGCUCCCCGCAGAGUCCUUCGUUAGAGGCCACACCCACGUCCCCGAAGCACAGUCAGCAUCAGACGAGCGGGCACCGGGUCCACGGCGGCAGGCGGAGCCCGGUGGGUCGGGGAGGAUGGGUGCAGUGUCCGGAUAGAUGGGCCUAGAAGCGCACCUGCCCCCCAGGCUGGGGCUGCCUGCGGGGCCUCCCCUCGCACCACGAGGCUCAGCUAGUCAGUGCCACCCCAAGGGAGAAGCCCCCCCCACCCCCACCAUCCCCACGUUCCCUGCAGGGACAGGAGGGCGGUGUUCAUCUGGAAUUAACGUUCUUUCUGCUCUGUUCUCGGCAAGUACAAGAGGCCUUCUCCGUGAUAAUACUUGACAUUUGUAUAGAGCACUCUAGUUUAUGAAAUGCUUUUUCUUAUACUUCCUAAAUUGUGGAGGCAAGAUAACCACAUUUCAGAGAAUGUGGAAUAAAUGAGAGAAAACACCCGUAAUUCUUAAUAAAGCUGCAUUUCGCACUUUGAUACAUUA